AUGGAGACCGCCAAGCAAGCUUUCAACUACGUCGCUGAGACCGUCCAGGGCGCCACUUCUGGUGUCAGCAAGGAGGCCAACAAGGAGGUUGCUAAGGACAGCAAUGCUCCCAUCGGCACUCGUGCCAAUGCUGCCAUCGACGCUGUCGGCGACAAGAUCGAUCAGACCACCCACGAGAACAAGGCUGAGGUUCACAAGGAAAUUGCCAAGAACUAA